GGCAGAGUUCAAGUGAAAUUCGAGAAAAUGUAUCCGGUUCCGGAGUUCUUUCCUGUCGUGGAAAUAUUGCAUACAUUUGCAAUGUGUUUUUUGCCUGUUUGUAUUAUACUCAAAGGAAAUUGUUCAGAUGUGUCUGGCAAAACACAGCUACUGCAAGCAAUGGUGGUCAUCACUAGGUAUGUACAUCCCUACGCUAUAGAAGGCUAUGCCGAUUGGACGUCAAUGACCAAAGGAAUGCAAAUGACGGCAACAAUAUUUACUGUAUUUAUAAUUUUUGUGGUUAUGGAUAGCUAUGACAUUAAAUCCGAUAUUUUCACGGCAGAACUGUUGGUAUUUACAGCGAUGUAUUUGGCUCUUCUCUUUCCUAUAAAAAUGGAUUCGUAUUGGAUUCUGUGGCAGUUCAGUGAAUACCUCGAAGCAGUGUCUCUACUUCCGCAGGUGUACCUGGUUAUAAAAAUUCAGAAUAUCAGCAUGGGGACCGCUGUCUUUAUGACGUUUAUGGCAAUAUCAAAGCUUUUUUACAUUUUCAUGUGGUUAAUAUCUCACAAUACGAAAAUUGAAUUAUUUUAUGUAACCCAUAUAUCUGCUAUAAUUCAUGUCGGAAUAUUUAUCGCUUUCUUGAUUUUGGGUGUAUGUACAGCUUCAGCAAACACCAGCAAACCAAAAAGUGGUAAAAUUGGAUAUGCGGUUGUUGAUAUUGAAAAUGUGGUUAAGAAUAUAACACAGAAACCUGAAAAGAAGGAUAAAGUCUCGGAUCGUACACCCUUAAUUUUGUACUCUGCCAAUAAUUAACAAAAAAUCUUUCAGUUUAAUAUAUUUGUGAUAUAUAAUAAGUAUGUAUGCCUUUAUUUUAGUAAAUAAAAAGUGUUUUAUAU